CUCACCGUCAACGGAGACAAUCAUCCAAACCGAAACAUCGCCGGAGAAAUCAUUUUCCGAUCAAAGAAGAAACAAAUGUCUGGGUGCAGCAAAAUCCGGCACAUUGUGAGGCUCCGCCAGAUGAUCCGGUGGUGGCGCAAGAAGGCGGCAAUGGCGGCCCGCAGCCGCGUCCCGGCGGACGUCCCCGCCGGCCACGUGGCAAUCACGGUCGGGAUUAACAGCAAACGGUUCGUCGUCCGGGCCACGUACCUGAACCACCCGGUUUUCAAGAAGCUACUGUCGCAGGCCGAAGAAGAGUACGGGUUUACGAACUCCGGUCCGUUAGCCAUUCCCUGCGACGAGUCGGUGUUCGAGGAAAUUCUCCGGUACUUGACCCGAUCCGAAUCCGAUCACAAGAACACCGCCCGGUUCAUGAACUACGAGGACUUCCAGAGAUACUGCCACGUCGGCAUCCGAAGUAACCUUGAAUUCUGGGGCGAGUCACGGCCGUUAUUACACGGCGUUUCCAGUAAAUCGAUAUGCUAAUAAUCUCCGAUCCGCCCGGGGGCCGUUUGGUUCCGAGUUUAGGAAUCGGCAGUGAUUUAAGUCUGAUAACCGGAAUUGGUGAUUUCAUUUUGCGGAAACCAAACGCGUACUUGAAUGGUUUACUACAUAGGACAAGUAUAUGACAGACAUUGGAUGGAGAAAAUAAAGAAACACUGCAACACUAUCGGUGCUCCGAUUUGACUCGUCCGAGUUGCCCGGCGGUCAACGCGCUUGACUCGGUUGACUACUCCGUUUUGGGAGGGGUGAUAAAUUUUUCUUACCAUAUUGGUAAGUGGGAAAUUAAAUGAAGUAAUUUUUGUUUUAUUUUUUUCGGUGUAUACUCCGGAGAAUGUGAUGGAGAUGGCAACCGAGUCGUCCCGAGUUCGAAUCGGAGUGGAGUCAACAAAAUCAAGACUCUACGGCGGAGGCGGCAAGAUGCGGCGGAGAUGAUCUGAUUACUGUAAUGGCCAUAUAUCCAUCGUCUUGUAAAUUGAUGAUUGGAAAAUGCGUAAAAAUUGAAGAUAUUUUGUAAUUUUUUUUUUUUUUUUUUUUUUGCUGGAAUUCAUUGCUGUUGAUAAUUGAGUGGGGGAAGGUGGUGGCCGUUGUGGGAGUUAUAAUAAUGGUGGCAUCAACGAACCCACGUGAAACCAACUAUCGUACAAUAUAUGUACUGUUGCCAUAGACCGCAACUAUGUCACCUUUUUUCCUGUUCUACUGUUACACCACCAGAAAACUUCUCAGCUACUAUAUAGGAAUUUCUGCAA